CCACUUUGAAUACACGGAGUGUGACAGCAGCGGCUCCAGGUGGAGAGUGGCCAUCCCGAACUCCGCGGCCGACUGCUCGGGCCUGCCUGACCCCGUGAGAGGCAAAGAAUGCACUUUCUCCUGUGCUUCAGGAGAGUAUCUAGAAAUGAAGAACCAGGUAUGCAGUAAGUGUGGUGAAGGUACCUAUUCCUUGGGCAGCGGCAUCAAGUUUGAUGAAUGGGAUGAAUUGCCGGCUGGAUUUUCCAACGUUGCGACAUUCAUGGACACUGUGGUUGGCCCUUCUGACAGCAGGCCGGAUGGCUGUAACAACUCUUCUUGGGUCCCUCGUGGAAAUUACAUAGAGUCCAAUCGUGAUGACUGCACGGUAUCUUUGAUCUAUGCUGUGCACCUCAAGAAAUCGGGUUAUGUCUUCUUUGAGUACCAGUAUGUCGACAACAACAUCUUCUUUGAGUUCUUUAUUCAAAACGAUCAGUGCCAGGAGAUGGACACCACUGCAGACAAGUGGGUAAAACUCACAGACAAUGGAGAAUGGGGCUCUCAUUCUGUAAUGUUGAAAUCAGGCACCAACAUACUUUACUGGAGAACCACUGGCAUCCUUAUGGGUUCUAAGGCAGUCAAGCCAGUUUUGGUAAAAAAUAUCACAAUUGAAGGGGUGGCAUACACGUCAGAAUGCUUCCCGUGCAAGCCGGGCACAUUCAGCAACAAACCAGGUUCGUUCAACUGCCAAAUCUGUCCCAGAAACACCUACUCUGAGAAAGGAGCCAAAGAAUGCAUCAAGUGUGACGAGCACUCCCAGUUUUCGGAGGAAGGAUCCAGCCAGUGUGUGGAACGACCUCCCUGCACCACAAAAGACUAUUUCCAGAUCCAUACUCCGUGUGAUGAGGAAGGAAAGACACAAAUUAUGUACAAGUGGAUAGAGCCCAAAAUCUGCCGGGAGGAUCUCACAGAUGCUAUUAGGUUGCCCCCUUCUGGAGAGAAGAAGGACUGUCCCCCUUGCAACCCUGGAUUUUAUAACAAUGGAUCGUCAUCUUGCCAUCCCUGCCCUCCUGGAACAUUUUCGGAUGGAACAAAGGAAUGUAGGCCGUGUCCAGCAGGAAUGGAGCCUGCGCUUGGAUUUGAAUAUAAAUGGUGGAAUGUCCUUCCUGGCAACAUGAAAACUUCCUGCUUCAAUGUUGGGAAUUCAAAGUGCGAUGGAAUGAACGGUUGGGAGGUGGCUGGAGAUCAUAUCCAGAGUGGAGCUGGAGGUUCAGAUAAUGAUUACCUGAUCUUAAACUUGCAUAUCCCAGGAUUUAAGCCACCAACGUCUAUGACUGGAGCCAUGGGUUCUGAACUGGGAAGAAUAACAUUUGUCUUUGAGACCCUCUGUUCGGCUGACUGUGUUCUAUACUUCAUGGUGGAUAUUAAUAGAAAAAGUACCAAUGUGGUGGAAUCAUGGGGUGGAACCAAAGAAAAGCAAGCUUAUACCCACAUCAUAUUCAAGAAUGCAACAUUUACAUUUACAUGGGCAUUCCAGAGAACCAAUCAAGGUCAAGAUAAUAGACGGUUCAUCAAUGACAUGGUGAAGAUUUAUUCUAUCACUGCCACUAACGCAGUUGAUGGGGUGGCGUCCUCAUGCCGUGCCUGUGCCCUCGGUUCUGAACAGUCGGGCUCAUCGUGUGUCCCCUGCCCCCCAGGCCACUACAUUGAGAAAGAAACCAACCAGUGCAAGGAGUGUCCACCUGACACCUACCUGUCCAUACAUCAGGUCUAUGGCAAGGAGGCUUGUAUCCCAUGUGGGCCUGGGAGUAGAAGCACUCAGGACCACUCAGUUUGCUAUAGUGACUGCUUUUUCCACCACGAUAAAGAAAAUCAGAGUUUGCACUAUGACUUCAGCAACCUCAGUAGCGUGGGCUCAUUGAUGAAUGGACCCAGCUUUACCUCCAAAGGAACCAAAUAUUUCCACUUCUUCAAUAUUAGUUUAUGUGGGCAUGAGGGAAAGAAGAUGGCUCUCUGUACCAACAAUAUAACAGACUUCACAGUAAAGGAAAUAGUGGCGGGGUCCGAUGAUUAUACGAAUUUGGUAGGAGCCUAUGUAUGCCAGUCAACUAUUAUUCCUUCUGAAAGUAAGGGUUUCCGAGCAGCCUUAUCAUCACAGUCCAUCAUUCUGGCAGAUACAUUUUUAGGAGUGACUGUUGAAACGACAUUGCAAAAUAUUAAUAUAAAAGAAGAAAUGUUCCCAGUUCCCUCUAGCCAAAUACCAGAUGUGCAUUUCUUUUAUAAGUCUUCUACGACUACGACAUCUUGUGUCAAUGGCCGGUCAACUGCUGUGAAAAUGAGGUGCAAUCCUACUAAACCAGGAGCAGGAGUGAUUUCAGUUCCCAGCAAGUGCCCAGCAGGCACCUGUGAUGGAUGCUCAUUCUAUUUUCUGUGGGAGAGUGCUGAAGCGUGCCCUCUGUGCACAGAGCAUGACUUCCAUGAGAUUGAGGGAGCCUGUAAGAGAGGAGUGCAGGAAACCUUGUAUGUAUGGAAUGAACCUAAAUGGUGCAUUAAAGGAGUUUCUUUGCCUGAGAAAAAGUUGUCAACCUGCGAAACAGUUGACUUCUGGCUGAAAGUGGGAGCAGGUGUGGGAGCAUUCACCGCGGUUUUGCUGGUGGCUCUAACUUGCUACUUCUGGAAAAAGAAUCAGAAACUGGAGUACAAAUAUUCCAAAUUGGUGAUGACAACUAACUCAAAAGAAUGUGAACUCCCAGCGGCAGACAGUUGUGCUAUCAUGGAAGGAGAAGACAAUGAGGAAGAAGUUGUCUAUUCCAAUAAACAGUCACUACUGGGAAAACUUAAAUCCUUGGCAACAAAGGAAAAAGAAGAUCAUUUCGAAUCUGUUCAACUGAAAUCCUCAAGAUCCCCAAAUAUAUGAAAAGACAGUGCUGUAGCCUUCAGACUAAUGAACACAGAAACCUGAUCUCUAGUUCUACAGGACCGUAGCUUAGAUCCUGUCUUCAUAUCCAGCACGUUGGUGAUCUCACAGAGGGCCAUGCCGCUGAAAAGGGAAGGAGGUUGAAACGUUUGAUUGCCUUAUCACAUGGUCAAGUAUUUUGCCAAAAAUACAAAAGCAAAUGGCUUGGGUCUCAACGGAAGAUGAAACUCAACUCAGGAAGAGAUUAAUCUGUAAAUAGACAUAACUGAAAACCGAGGUUAAGCCCACCAGCGCACUGCUGAUGCAUGCCAUAUAAUUAAUGGGUAACUUUUAUUCUUUAUAACUUCUACAUAAAAAGUGUGCUUUGGAGGGCAGAUAUGAGCAUAUGCAUUGUGAUUCUAUUUAUGUCUUUUCUUUGUUUAUAGUUUGGGGGAAGAUUUGAAAAAUUUUAAGGUAUAGUUUUUUUCCCAUUAUUUAUUUUCCU